ACAGUGAGUGAGCUCCUCAGAGAAUCAAUGGCGCCCUUCACACUGCCAUCCCCAUGGGCGCCUACGCCUCUCUGCUGCACCUCGGGGGCGAUCCGCCCCCCUGCAGCAGGCGACACCCGUAGCUCAAGGUUAAGUCCCACCGCCUCGCCAGCCCUCAGUGUUUGUGGAAAGACGACUCGGAUGAAACAAAACGAGAAAAACGUGAACCGCAGUGGAAGGCCGCGGCGGAGGAUGCCCGUAGGAAGAGCCGGGCCAAAGGAGGGCGUGGCCGGCCAGGUAUUGCUAUAUAACCUCCGCCGACUCAUCUGCCGGUCAUCACUCCGCCACAGUCACCCUCCCAGACACCGCCAAGACUCAGCCAUGAAGCUCCUGGUGUUGCUCGCCGCGGCCGCCGUCUGCGCAGGCGCCCCACAAAUGCUGCAGCCGCUGCCCUACAUCCCCAGCCCAGCCAUCGCCUACACCAGCUCCCUCACACCCGCCGUCACCAAGAUCCAGAAGCCAGGCGUCCAGCUGCACUUCCCCUCCAACGUCAGGUUCGUGGCGCCCGCACCAGUGGCCCAGCCCGUGGUCCAGGCGGUGCCUCACCCCGUCCAGUACCAGGCUCCUACCGUUGCUGUCGCCCCCGCCCCCAUUGCCUCCCCCGUGGUGGUGGCUGCCGCCCCUGAGCCCCUCAACGCCCCUGAGCCACCCAUGCCCGACGUGGGCACUCCCUUCGUGGGCGGUCAGUUCCACGCUCAGGACGAGCUCAAGCAGUACUCCUUCGGCCACUGGGGCGGCCCCAGCACCCGCGUGGAGACCAGGGACGCCCUGGGACGCACCAAGGGAAGCUUCGCCUACGUCAACCCCAUGGGAGACGUGCACGUGAGGAAAUACGCUGCUGCUCCCGCCAUGGGCUUCAAGGUGGCCGCCUCAGACCUUCCCGACGACACCCCCGCAGUGGCCAGCCUCAAGGCCGCCCACGAGAAGAGUUUCCGCACCAUCAAGGAGAUGAUCACGAGCGCCAGGGCGUAACGCGCGUCACGCCGCCCUUUAUGUGUUACAUGCCUGUCGCCGCCGCUCAAGAGACGCGCGGGCUGGAAACACUCGUGGUUCACUGCUCGCUGCGUCUCCUCACUGUACAGGGAACGUGCGCAUCAAGAAAGCACCGCAACACCUCGACACAACACAGCACAGCACAACGCAGUGGUGUGUGUAUGCCAUCAACGUGCACAACAACACAACGCCAACGACGACGACGAUGACGACGACGACGACGACGACGACAAGAACGACAACAAUAACCACUGUUUCUGUUUGGGCGUCACCUCGUUUGUCAUAAAACGAAUGUCGAGUGAGCCUACUGAAUCAAACUUGUAAAUGAUUAUUAUCACAGAUUAUUUACUUAAUAAAUUUAAAUAACACUUCA